AUGGCGAAGAUUUCAAGGAACGAAUUUCACAGAAGCGAUUGCGAAUUAUGUAAGGCUGCACAGCAAUCACUUAUGGCGAAGAUUUCAAGGAACGAAUUUCACAGAAGCGAUUGCGAAUUAUGUAAGGCUGCACAGCAAUCACUUACGGCGAAGAUUUCCAGGAACGAAUUUCACAGAAGCGAUUGCGAAUUAUGUCAAGGCUGCACAGCAAUCAAUUAUGGCGAAGAUUUCCAGGAACAAAUUUCACAGAAGCGAUUGCGAAUUAUGUUAAGGCUGAAGGGUGCAAACGAUUCAGUCGUUCGCCUACUAAAACAAUUCAAAACUGGAAGAUUACAAAGGCCAAUAACUGGACCGAGAAGAUUUCGUAAAGUAAAGCCUGAUCUGCAAAUCCGUAACUGGAAAAUUGUCCGUGGAGAUUCUGUAGAAGUUUUAUCUGGAAAAGAUAAAGGCGUCGUCGGUAAAGUGUCGCAAGUUUUACGAGGUCAAAAUAAAGUGUUUGUUGAAGGAUUGAAUUGUCAUUACCGAUAUUUGAAACCGCAUGAAGAAUUUCAAGGCGGCCUGGUCCGAAGCGAAGCCCCAUUGCAUUACUCUAAAGUUGCAUUAGUUGACCCAUCAGAUGGAAAAGGUACUAAAGUCGGUUUCAUGUUUACCAAAGAUGGAGAAAAAGUCCGUGUAUCUAGGAGAACUGGAACGGUGAUACCGAAGCCCCCCGAGCUGAAGCUAACCAGAAUCCGUGAAGCUUAUAUAGGUUAA